GCCCCCGCUCGGUCAGGGAACGACUUCGCGAUGGCGGUGCCGGCGCCGAGGGCCGUGUGGCAGAUCAGAAGCAAGCGUGGCCCAGGCAACCGCAACGCCGACAACAACGACCACGGCGACGACGAUAGGCUGAAUGUCACGAUGAAGCUCGCCCUGCGAGGCGCGCGGGACCUGGGGGAGGUGAUGCUCGCGACGAGCGACUUCUUGCUGAUCCCAUCCCAGGCCAUGCCGUACCAGGCAGGGCUGCAAGCAGCCAGGAAGUGCGCGGCGGGGGUUCGCUCUCGCGGCAAGAAGCAUGAACUGGGUCCGCCUCGCCCACGCGUGGCGAUCGAGGUCGCCCGCGCGAUCCACGACUCGAUCGACAGGGCCAACGGGGGGGAGAUGGAGAAGCAGUGCAAGGCCAUCCCGAGAGAGUUCAUAGACAGCACGACGAAGAAGUACGGGCCGACCGCGGAUCGAGCUAUCUUCCACAGCUUUAAGGCGAACGAGACCUACGAGAGGGAGAAGGAGAUCGGCCAGCCGGCGCCCGCGUGGCCCCGCGGCUUCUCUGCGUUCAAGAUGCAAGAGGCGAUGCCGGGCGGCCUGCUCGGGCUCAACGCGACCAAGCGCGAGGGGGCAGGCCCCAGGGCGGCCAUGGAGAGGGCAGUCAAGUCGGCGCUCCGACGCAGGCGCUGGUUACAGUGGCAGACGGGCAAACCAACAUACGUGGGCCGACUGGAGUUAUUGUGCGAGCAGGCCAUGAUGCUCCCGCAGCGGUAG